CCCUGAGUAUACUCAAAUAGCCUCUCAAGUUAGCGGAAUUCAGCUGCUGCGCAGGUCCAUGAACUCCACCGGCUCUCGCCGGCGGUCAUUGCGUUCCCUACCGCCAACUGAAGCCAUAGAAAUCGGCUAUGCUCUCUCCCUCACCUCACGCCUGAAACUACUCCUCACCUUCUUUCGCUCCGAUCCGGCUGUGAAGCCCAUUGACGAGUGGCAGCUAAAGCUCUCCCUCCUCGACUUUCUCCGCUCCACGCUCUCCCUCAACGUGCACGACGAAGACCUCGUCCUGCGAAAGCGUCCCGAUCUCCACAAGCGCAAGCGCGACGAACCCGUCGCAUCCGGAACCCUCUGCAUCCGGGAUUUUGACUUUAUUAAACACAAGAGGCGAGGAGACGAUGACGAUGAUACAGAUGAGGUACUCGAGAAGAAGUUUUUGGAUUGGAGGGCUUCCUUCUUGGAUCGUUUGAGCGGGAUCGAACUAAAUCUGGAGGGCGUCAAGUUUCGAAUGACCGUUGAGGUUCCCCCGUCCGAUGACUACGAGGCGAUGAAGAGGUUAUGGGAGGAUUAUUAUGCUUCGCAGCUGCUGGAUGGCCGUAGUAGCUAUUCCAAGGGAGUGGCUCGGAGGCCUGACACAAUUAUUGUCCAAGGAGUUCCUUCAAGGUGGUUUGCAGAGCCAAGGGUGUCCUCUAAGCCUUCGAUGCUGAAUACUCAUACCAUCUUUUCGGUUCUUGGAAAGAUAAGGAAUCUUUAUAUUGCUGGCGGUGAUGACACUGUUGAGAAUGCAGAAGCAAUUGCUGGUAAUGUUGUGCCUGGCCUUCAGUGCAAGGUUUGGGUUCAAUUUGAGAAUUAUGAUGAAUUCAGUAAUGCAAUGAGGGCGCUUUGUGGACGCUCAAUGCAGAAGCAAGGUUCACGUCUCAAAGUAAAUUAUGAGGUAACCUGGGAUAAAGACAUUUUUUUCAGAAAUGCACCGCAAAAGCCCACAAGAGGCCAGGAAAGGAUACAAGAAUCAUCAAAGAAUGUAAGAACUGAAGCUCCAAGCUACGAAUCUAAGGACCUCCAGUCAGAUCAUGAUGGUGCAAGGAUGAGAAGGUUCAGGGAUUAAAGCUCUAGAAAAUUGCUGCAGCAAUCAGGCAGUGACAUAGAGAGGUUCCUGGGAGCUGAAUAUUCAUGUUUAUGAAUGCCAGGUUAUUCUAUUCAUAUUUCAGUCUUGCAUAAAAUCUUUGAGUACCGCUAUUCUGAUGUAUAUUUAAGCUAAAACUUGUAAGUUGUAUGUCUGAUUUUUGGUUAAAUGAUAAUGUCUUCAUCAAA